AUGGAGUCAUUCAUGAAGUUUGAGUCGUUAGAAGUGCCACCCCACAUGCAACUCAUCUCGCCUGAUUUCGAUCGGGAAGCAGUCUUUGGAAACGCAGGAGCCAUCAUAUGGGUCAUCGACAUGCAAGACGAGUACUUCCAGUCCAUUGACCAACUGAUCAAAACGGCCGGUUUCGUCAUGGACAAUUAUCCGCGCAUCAAUUUCGAAGUCUUCAUCCACAAAACCGACGGUCUAUCAGAAGAAUACAAAUACGGCACCUUCCGUGACGUGCGCCAACGCGUCCAAGACGAGCUCUCUGAUGCCGGUUACGCAAACCGGCCCGUGGCAUUCUACCUCACCAGCAUAUUCGACCACUCCAUCUACGAAGCCAUGAGCAAAGUUGUACAAAAACUUCUCCCACAACUUCCCGCCAUGGAGUCACUAUUGAACAAGCUCUGCUCAGCCUGCAGAAUCCAAAAGGCAUACCUGUUCGACACAGUCUCCAAAAUCUACAUGGCGACAGAUACGAGUCCCACUUUCCUAAAGGACUACGAGGUCUGCGCAGACUAUGUGGAUGUCAUUGUAGACAUUAAGCAGAUCUAUGGCUGGCAGAGUGGUAGUCGUAGUAAUACUCGUGAGACUCAUCCCCCGGACGAGAGCAACCACAACAACAAGAACAACAGCAACACGACAAGUGAAGCAGUAGGCGAAAGUCUAAUCACGUACGACAAAAGUGGGGAUACCUACAUCUAUGCGCGAGAGAUUAACGACUAUCUCUCUCUGAUAUGUGUCAUGGGACAGGGAAGCACUGCUCAAAAGCGUGUGUUGAUUGAUUACAACGUCAGUAUACUCCACGACGCACUACAGCAAAUGUUCAAGCUAUAG